UCUGCUGCUGCCGAGGAGAGGAGCGUCAACUGCAGCACCAUGGUAGCUCAACCGAAGAACCUUGAGGGCUAUGUGGGCUUUGCCAACCUCCCAAAUCAAGUGUACAGAAAAUCCGUGAAAAGAGGAUUUGAAUUUACUCUUAUGGUGGUAGGUGAAUCUGGCCUGGGAAAGUCAACAUUAAUCAACUCACUGUUCCUCACAGAUUUGUAUUCUCCAGAGUAUCCAGGCCCUUCUCAUAGAAUCAAAAAGACUGUACAGGUGGAGCAAUCCAAAGUUUUAAUCAAAGAAGGUGGUAUUCAAUUGCUGCUGACGAUAGUUGAUACUCCAGGGUUCAGAGAUGCAGUGGAUAAUAGUAAUUGCUGGCAGCCUGUUAUCGACUACAUUGAUAGUAAAUUUGAAGAUUACUUAAAUGCAGAAUCUUGAGUGAACAGACGUCAGAUGCCUGAUAACAGGGUGCAGUGUUGUUUAUACUUCAUUGCUCCUUCAGGACAUGGACUUAAACCAUUGGAUAUUGAGUUUAUGAAAUGUUUGCAUGAAAAAGUGAACAUCAUCCCAUUAAUUGCCAAAGCAGACACACUUACACCAGAGGAAUGCCAACAGUUUAAAAAGCAGAUAAUGAAAGAAAUCCAAGAACAUAAAAUUAAAAUAUAUGAAUUUCCAGAAACGGAUGAUGAAGAAGAGAAUAAGCUAGUUAAGAAGAUAAAGGACCGUUUACCUCUUGCUGUGGUAGGUAGUAAUACUAUCAUUGACAUUAAUAGCAAAAGAGUCAGAGGAAGACAAUAUCCUUGGGGUGUGGCUGAAGUUGAAAAUGGUGAACAUUGUGACUUUACAAUUCUAAGAAAUAUGUUGAUAAGAACACACAUGCAGGACUUGAAAGAUGUUACCAAUAACGUACACUAUGAGAACUACAGAAGCAGAAAGCUAGCAGCAGUGACUUACAAUGGAGUGGAUAACAACAAGAAUAAAGGGCAGCUUACCAAGAGUCCUCUGGCACAAAUGGAAGAAGAAAGAAGGGAACAUGUAGCCAAGAUGAAGAAGAUGGAGAUGGAGAUGGAACAGGUGUUUGAGAUGAAGGUCAAAGAAAAAGUUCAAAAACUGAAGGACUCUGAAGCAGAGCUCCAGCGGUGCCAUGAGCAAAUGAAAAAGAAUUUAGAAGCACAGCACAAAGAAUUAGAGGAAAAACGUCGUCAGUUU